AUGCGUUUGCCGUCUGACACUUCCCGGAAUCGUGGUGGACACUCAGCUGUCCAUCGUGGUAAACCUACAAGACCGGUUCAGCUCAGCUCAAACGGCACUCGAGACAAUAGCGACGCACACGACGAAGUUCAAUCCGAUUCCAGCAAUAGUGAUAGUGCAUUGUCCGGAUCGUCUAGUUCCGACACAACGGCUUCGAGCCCCGACUCCAGCCAACCAGCACGUGCGAUGCUUCGACACAUGGUCAGUUUGAAUGACGUACCGGAAUCACAACCCUCGUGUAAAACGUUCGUUCAGCCCGACUCACCGCUUCUGGUUCCAUGUGCACCCACACGUGCUUACAGUUCUGCCACCUCGUUGAGUCGUGAUUCACCGGAUUCAAAUGAAUCUUCCCCGGAGUUCCAAAAUUCCGAUCUCCUUGAGCACCUGGAAGAUGAACUUCCGGGUACACCAAACUCAACGACAAAAGGCAAGGAUAGAACUGCCAAUAAUAGUGAAUCGGUUCACCCUCAAACCCAUCCAAGGGAAUUGCUGAAACGUGCAGACGAGUAUUGUACGUUUGAGAACGUGCGUAUUUUUGUCGGUACAUGGAAUGUCAAUGGUCGUAGUGAUCCUGCACUGACUUUGGACAGUUGGCUGUUACCACCCAAUGAUCAGCCACCGGCGGAUAUUUAUGUUUUUGGAUUCCAAGAACUGGAUUUGAGUAUUGGUGCUGUCGCCCUUAAUAAGACCUCUCCGGCUGCUUUGGAGGAUCGAUGGGCCACACAACUGGAAACCGCACUUGGUGGUCUGCUUCGUCCACCACCAUCUAGGCUUCAUCAUCGUCAAAACCCUCCGAUUCCCGAAGAGGCUCGAGCCUACGCGCUCAAAUGGGCAAAACAAACUGGCGGUGGUUAUAUUCGUCUUAAACGCGCCAGACUUGCUGGCAUGCUCAUGAUUGUUUACAUCUCGACCCGGAUUUUCUCGCACGCAAACGCCAGUGAGUUGGCCAUCCAACUCGUUCCCACAGGCGUAUUUAAUGUGAUGGGUAAUAAAGGCGCGGUUGGCUUACGUUUGACCUUGUACAAUACGGCCAUUUGCUUUGUUAAUUGCCAUCUGGCAGCUGGUGAGGCGAAUCUCGAACGGCGAAAUCAAGAUUUUCAAGAAAUUAAACGUAAAAUGGUUUUUGAACGUCGCGCAGCCUCGAAAAAUCCCACUCUGGUCGAUCAUUUGGGUAUCCAGUCACACGAUAUCGUGUUCGUAUUCGGCGACCUCAAUUAUCGGAUCAGCGGCUUAGAUUCUGCUAAAGUUCGUGAACACAUUGAACACAUGGAAUACGAUUACAUUUUAGGAUUCGAUGAGGCGCGGCGUGUGAACCGAACCUUGUUCCAACGCGCCUAUGAGGCAGUUGUACGCAGUCAGGAUCUUGUUUACAAUCUGUCCUUGCCACAAGCACAGCUGGAUAAUCAGGAAUUGGAGUUCGGGCCAGUAAGAUUCUACGAGGUUUGCCAGAAGACUCUGACUCUGACCAAUACCGGAUUGGGUGAUUUGCAGUACAAUUUUCGACGCGAAGGUAUCGCAGAUUUCCCAGCCUGGUUGACAAUCAGUCCAGAAUCGAUGGCCGUAGAAAAAGGGGCAUCGGUCCAGAUCAACGUGGAAAUCUUUGUAAAACCGGAACUGGUGUCUUCCAUGAACAGUGGCGAGAAUCAGCUGUCCACAAUUGUCAUUUUACGUCUAAACGGUGGCAAAGAUUAUUUUGUCUCCAUCGCUGGUCAGUUCAUCCCGACUUGUUUCGGUCUUCCACUGCGGCUGCUACUUUCGUUGGAGACAGCCCCUGUCGCCUGGCUACCAGUCGAAGAAUUGCAGACUAAGGUGAGUCAGUACUGUUGCAUCCUAUUCUGA